GCUAAGUUUCCAACACUUCCCAUGUGAGUGAGUCACUGCACAACUCACUACUUCCUUUCUCUCUCUUUCUUUGGGAUUUUGUGUGCUUGGUUCCAUUCGAUCAAGAGAGCAUUCAUUUUUUUGAUCGUUGGCAUUUGGAAGCGGUGUGCAGAAAAUGGCAAAGAACGUCGGGAUUCUCGCCAUUGACAUCUACUUCCCUCCAGCAUGCGUUCAGCAGGAAGCAUUGGAGACUCAUGAUGGUGCCAGCAAAGGGAAGUACACCAUUGGGCUUGGCCAAGAUUGCAUGUCGUUCUGUACCGAAGUGGAAGAUGUCAUCUCAAUGAGUUUGACAGUGGUUACUUCUCUUCUUGAGAAGUAUGGAAUUGAUGCUAAACAAAUUGGUCGCCUCGAAGUUGGAAGUGAGACUGUGAUAGACAAAAGCAAAUCCAUCAAAACAUUCCUUAUGCAGAUCUUUGAGAAAUGCGGAAAUACUGACAUUGAGGGUGUUGAUUCAACUAAUGCAUGCUAUGGGGGAACUGCCGCCCUGUUUAACUGUGUCAAUUGGGUGGAGAGCAACUCAUGGGAUGGACGCUACGGACUUGUUGUCUGCACUGACAGUGCUGUCUAUGCUGAAGGACCUGCUCGACCUACUGGAGGAGCUGCUGCUAUUGCCAUGCUAGUUGGUCCUGAUGCUCCCAUUUCUUUUGAAAGCAAAUAUAGAGGAAGUCAUAUGUCUCAUGUUUAUGAUUUUUACAAGCCGAAUCUUGCUAGUGAAUAUCCAGUUGUUGAUGGAAAGCUUUCACAAACUUGUUACCUCAUGGCUCUUGAUUCUUGCUACAAGAGUUUCUGUCACAAGUAUGAGAAAUUCGAGGGAAAACAAUUUUCUCUUUCUGAUGCGGCAUACUUUGUUUUUCACUCACCAUACAACAAGCUUGUACAGAAGAGUUUUGCUCGGCUGUAUUUUAAUGACUUUUUGAGGAAUGCCAGCUCUGUGGAUGAGAAUGCCAAAGAAAAGCUGGGACCUUUUGCAAAUUUAUCUGGUGAUGAGAGUUACCAAAGUCGGGAUCUUGAAAAGGCAUCCCAGCAAGUUGCGAAGCCUCUGUAUGACGAGAAGGUACAGCCAACAACCUUGAUUCCAAAGCAAGUCGGCAACAUGUACACUGCGUCACUCUAUGCAGCAUUUGCAUCCCUUAUUCACAACAAACAUAGCACAUUGGCUGGUAAGAGGGUGAUAUUAUUCUCAUACGGAAGUGGCUUAACUUCCACAAUAUUUUCUUUGCAAUUGCGAGAUAUUCAACAUCCAUUUAGCUUGUCAAACAUCGCUAGAGUGAUGGAUGUCGAUGGAAAAUUGAAGUCAAGACACGAGUUUCCACCGGAGAAGUUUGUUGAAACCCUGAAGGUAAUGGAGCAUAGGUAUGGCGCUAAGGAAUUUGUGACAAGCAAGGACAGUAGCCUUUUAUCUCCGGGCACAUUCUAUCUCACUGAAGUUGACUCCAUGUAUCGGAGAUUUUAUUCAGAGAAAACUAAAGAAAGCCGUUCUACUCCCGCCGUGAACGGUGUGAUUUCUAAUGGUGUGAUCGCUAAUGGCCACUAAUGUUGAAAAUGUACAAUGAAGAAGGGUAUUGUUAUUUGUGGUUCUGAUCCUAGGUAAUCAUUUAUGGGUGCUGAGUGUUUUUGGUUAUAAUAUUUUAUGCUACUAGAUGUAUUCACUCAAGUCUAAAUUUUAUUUUAUUUUUGGUAUUUUUUCUUUUUUUCAUUUUAUGAAUGAGAAUCAGUUGAAUAAGAAUAAAUUGUAAUAACUUUGUUUAUUUUA